UUCUAAAAUCUAGUCGGAUCCCGAUCGAACACACAGCCGCGUACCGGUUAUCAUCUAGAUCUAAAACUCACCGUUAGAACUCACACAUCCACCGCUCAAACUCUUCUUCGCUAUUUUCGACCUCCAGCGAUCUGUUCGAUCUCCACUGCUCGGUUCGAACCCCACCACCUCGUUUACUCAGUGGCUGAAAAGAAGUCUAACAUUUGAAAUAGCUUAAUUGAGAUCGAAGAUGAGCCAAAGGCAACAAUUGGAAGAAAACAGACACAACGAUGAUGUCGCACUUUCCAAUUUCUUGGCAUCCUUAAUGGACUACACCCCCACUAUACCUGAUGAAUUGGCUGAGCAUUAUCUGGCCAAAAGUGGGUUUCAGUGUCCAGAUGUACGACUUGUUAGGUUGGUAGCCGUAGCUACACAGAAGUUCAUUGCAGAUGUCGCCACUGAUGCUCUUCAGCAUUGUAAAGCAAGACAAGCUGCAGUGGUCAAAGAUAAAAGAGACAAGCUUCAAAAGGAUAAACGCCUGACUUUAGCGAUGGAGGACCUUUCAAAAGCACUGCAAGAGUAUGGUGUGAAUGUCAAACAUCAGGAGUACUUUGCUGAUAGCCCCUCCGCAGGGUUAGAUGCUGCCUCAAGGGACGAAUGAGAUACUACAAGGUGAGUGUCUUGUUCUAAUAAGAACGAUCCGACUUAGAUCCCAUACCCAGACCCAUGUUAUGUCCGGGUAUAAGGACAGGACAAUACUACUGAAUUCUAGUUCAUCCAUGUUAUAGCAACACUGUAAUAGAUAUUUCAGUCAUCAUGGGUGGUGUAACAAGGAGCCUUAGGCCUCUUACCUUGUUUGGUGCAUUGCUUCUGUAAAUCUGAAAUGCACAUUGUUAAGUUUCUUAUAUACAAGUCAGGUAAAAACA